AUGACACAUGUAAAUGGAAAUGGCAGGCCAAGCUCUGGUGAUCGCCCGAACGAGUACUCUUCACUCAUCCCCAGGCCCGUCGAUUAUGAGACAACACGGCGGCGCAAUGACGAUGGCAUAAAUAAAAUCAGCCGCUCAGCCCAGGCAAAAGGAGUUUUUCUCGAAUUUUGGAUACUGUUCAAAGGCGCCGCCCCGGUCAUUCUGGCUUAUAUGCUUCAGAUGAGCCUACAAACAGUCACUGUCAUUGUGGUUGGCCAGUCAUCGCCGGAAAACCUUGCUGUUGCGGCAUUUUCUAUGAUGUUUGCCGCGGUCACUGGAUGGAUGAUUGCUCUCGGAGGAACAACAGCCCUGGAUACCCUCGCCUCAUCGGCAUUCACUGGUAGCGAGAGUAAGCAGGAUCUAGGAAUUCUGUUGCAGCGUGCAUUCCUGGUGCUUGGGAUCUUUUAUAUCCCAAUCGCAAUUAUUUGGGCGUGUUCGGAAGCUAUUUUCUUGGCUUUGGGGCAGGAUCCUCAGAUUUCCUACCAAAGCUCUCGGUUUCUGACGGCUCUCAUCCCCGGUGGACUUGGUUAUAUCUACUUCGAGACCAUGAAGAAGUAUCUUCAAGCGCAAGGAAUCAUGCGCGCUGGGACUUACGUCCUUAUGAUCACAUCUCCUCUCAACGCCGGAUUAUGCUACUUAUUCUGCUACACCCUAAAAAUUGGACUUCUCGGCGCCCCAAUUGCGGCUAAUAUAUCAUAUUGGUCUUCAUUCUUAUUGCUUGUUCUAUACGCACGCUUUGUUGGUGGAUCCGAAUGCUGGGGAGGAUGGUCACGGACAGCCUUCCAAAACCUAUGGACUUUCACAAGACUGGUACUCCUUGGAAUCAUGCAUAUCGGUACAGAAUGGUGGGCAUUUGAGAUCGUCGCCCUGGUGGCAGGCCGCUUGGGAAACGUCGCUCUAGCUUCCCAAAGCGUUAUUAUGACCACUGACCUUAUUUUGAACACGAUUCCAUUCGGGCUCGGCGUCACCACUUCAUCUCGAGUGGGCAAUAAACUGGGGCAGCGGGACGGAAAGGGUGCUUAUCGAACCGCCCAUUUAUCUACGAUGCUUUCAAUAUUCUUCGGUACGGUCAUCCUGGUAGUGCUCAUGUCUACCCGAAACCAGUUCGCCAAACUCUUUAAUAAUGAUCCACAAGUGGUUGGAUUGACAGCAGAGGUUAUGCCUUUUGUAGCUCUGUUCCAGAUUGCCGAUGGUAUCAAUGGGAGCUGCGGUGGCACCUUACGAGGGAUUGGACGGCAACAUUUGGGAGCUGCUAUCAACAUUGUUUCCUACUACUGCUUUGGUAUUCCUCUGGGAAUUUAUCUUGCAUUCCAUGGCUGGGGCCUUAAAGGCCUAUGGAUGAGCAACUGUUCGGCACUUUGGUGUGCAGCAAUUCUGGAAUGGGUUUUUGUUUCAAUCACGGACUGGGAGAAAGAAGUGCACCAAGCAUUCAAGCGUAUGGAUGGACAUGAUGGCGUGGAGGCGGGUUAUGGUGUUGGGACUGACAUAUUUGCCCAUAAUUGA